GCUUCCCUUUCCUUUGCGCUGCGCUGCCUGAAGAAGUCGGUUGUUGUGCCGCUGGAGUGCGUCCUGCGCCUUUAAGAAUGGAACGCGUUGCUCCUUCGGCGGGGGCGCUGUAACGAGGAGGAACGCGUGACUGGUAACGAAGGAACGGGAAGCCACUGUGGCGCCGACGCUGGGGUUUUGGGAGCCCCGUCCCCCGCUCUUCCCCGCCGCGGCGCCCCUGCCAGCCGCCCUGCUCGCCUUCAGCCAUGCUGACCGGGGGAUGGACGCCGCGGGGGAACACGACGGCCUCUCCGCACGGGAGCAGCUCUUCCACGAGAGGGUCCGCGAGUGCAUUAUCUGUGCCCUCCUCUUUGCCAGCCUCUACAUGUUGUGCUACUUCAUCCUAACCCGCUUCAAAAGGCACACAGAUUUCACCACAGUUGAUGAAGAUGCUGCUGUCAACAGGAUCGCGUUGUGGCUGUGCACCUUCACCUUGGCAGUCUCUCUUGGAGCUGUGCUCCUGUUGCCCUUCUCUAUCAUCAGCAAUGAAGUGCUCCUCUCCUUCCCACAAAACUACUACAUCCAGUGGCUGAAUGGCUCCCUCAUCCAUGGGCUGUGGAACCUCGUCUUCCUGUUUUCUAACCUCUCCCUAGUCUUCCUCAUGCCCUUUGCCUACUUCUUCACGGAGUCUGAAGGUUUUGCAGGAUCAAAGAAGGGGAUCAUGGCCCGUGUAUAUGAGACAUUUGUGGUGCUCCUCUUAUUGACAUUGUUAGUAUUGGGAAUGGUCUGGGUUGCCUCUGCCAUUUUGGACAACAAUGCUGCCAGCAGGGAGUCUCUCUAUGACCUCUGGGAGUACUACCUCCCUUACCUCUACUCGUGCAUCUCCCUGUUUGGUGUGCUGCUGCUCUUGUUGUGCACACCCUUCGGCCUAUCUCGUAUGUUCACAGUCACUGGGACACUGCUGGUAAAGCCCAGGUUACUGGAAGAUUUAGAUGAGCAACUGAACUGUACAGGGUUUGAAGAGGCUGCCAUUUCUCGCAAGAUCAACUCUGGGAAAACUUCCUGCUGGCUCAACUUUGAUAUGGAAGUGCUGAGACAACAAUAUCUGGCAAUUCAUGCACACAGAAUAACACUGGAAACACGUCGCAAAGCCUCAGCUUGGCAGCGGAACUUGGGCUACCCAUUGGCCAUGCUGUCUUUGCUGACUCUGACGGGCAUCUCUGUUCUUGUUGUGUGUUUCCAUGUCUUGGAGCUGCUGUUAGAUGAUGCUGCAAUGCCGAGAGGAAUCCAGGAUGCACCUCUGGGAAAAGUUUCCUUCUCUGUCUUUGGCUCUUUUGGAGCAGCUUUGCAGGUGAUCCUCAUAUUCUAUCUAAUGGUUUCCUCUGUUGUGGGGUUCUACAGCUCCCCUUUGUUUACCAAACUGCUACCUGAGCAGCAUGAUACAGCUAUGACUAAGAUCAUUGGGAACUGUGUCUCCCUCCUGGUGUUGAGCUGUGCACUCCCUGUUUUGUCUCGUACUUUGGGGAUCACAAGGUUUGACCUGUUAGGUGACUUUGGAAGGUUUAACUGGCUGGGCAACUUCUACAUUGUCUUUCUCUACAACAUGCUCUUUGCUGGCCUCACUACUCUUUGCCUUGUGAAGAAAUUCACCUGGGCGGUACAAGCUGAACUUAUCAGAGCCUUUGGCCUCCACAAACUGCCUCUACCAGUGACGCGGUCACUCCAGCCGAGCAAGCUCAGCUAGAAUAGGUUUUUGAUGCCUGGAUGAAACGUGAUAUGGCAGCCUUGUUUGCCACCCACCACAGGGAUAUCCUUACCUUGACAUUAUGAUUGUGCUUCUCCUGUUCUGAGCCAUCAGAUUGCAGUAGAGGAGGGCAGAGCACCAUUCCUUGCUGCAGCCUCCGUUUGACCAAUGACUUGACCAAACUGAAGGAUGGGAAAGUGAAGUCUUUGGCAGCUUGGUUCUUGUGUUGUUUCUGCAUCUCAGAAGCCUGAAGAGGAAGAGAAAAAGGAGUAGGAAGAGAAAGACUCAAACUUCUCUAAAGACCUCACUCACUCACUAAGGCUUCCUUUUCUAGCAGCUGAAGAAGCAUUGUGCAGUUCAAGUGGAGACUGCAGAACUAAGGUGGAAGGAAUAGAUAGUGGAGAAAGAUGAACUGGACAAUCUUCGAAGAGUCAUAGUAGUGUAGAAUUAGUCUCGGGAGCAAAGCAAGAGUGCAGGCUGUUGGUGAAAGUGCCUGAUGUCCCUAGUCUUGGCAGAGAACCCUGCAGUUCACAGAUCUUGUUUCUCCUGUUUACAUUUGACAUUGUCUUAAACUUUGUGCCCAUGCAGGGCUUCUUUCUCUUGCUAAAUCCUGUGGCCCAAACCAUUCUGGUUUGAGUUUUGAGCCAGUUCUGAGUAGUAGUUUGAACUCCGUUCCAUGUUUACAUACCUCACUCAAGUGCAAUAUAAGCUGGCGCUACUGGGGCCAUAUUGCCCAUACACAGCUGCCCUGUGUAUGUAUGUGUGUUAUUUCUGUUUUGUUUAGUAAUGUGUGUGCCCUGCAGUGCUUAUGCCUCUUUUCCCCACAAUACUGGGCAUCCAAGAAAGGCCCCCAGUAUGGUAGAUAUAUCAAAUUAGCUUUGCUUUCUUGGAUCUCUCCCUGCGUCCUGGCCGGUAGCUGGGGUGUGGUUGGACGCAGCCCUUUCUGCUUGGCAGGAUGGAAAGCUAGCCACCAUUGCCUUCCACUCAUUCUUGCACUAUUUUAGGGUAACAGAGGCUUUCUGGGGAUCAGGAGUGGCCCCCUAAAAGCUUCAAACAACUCCUGUGCUUUUGUCUGAUCCCUGCUGUGUUGGUGGGAACAAAAUCUCUUCAGAGGUGAGUUUCACAGCCAACCUGCUGAGCUUUCCCCUUCAUGCUCUACCUUCACAAAGCUGUCCUGAUCUUUAGCUAAACUGAGGUAUUCUGCCUAUUACUUCCCCAAACAUAACGGAGGAGGAAUUAAAAUGGAGGGUUAAAUUUCCACCACUCCUCACUAUUGGAUAGGUGGGGCAGAGAGUUGCUGGUUCCCCACCCUUGAUCUAGAUUAGGCAUCCUGCGUUAGAAGCAGCUGCAUUAUUGCAUGUAGGGCAUGGAGAAAGAUGGGGGGAUUAGAAUGCGCAUUUGUUUGGUACUUAAGUGGAUAGGGAAAGAGUGGAAUGUGUGUGAUGAAAAAUGUUUAUGGAAAAAUGGUGUGGGGACAAAUACACACACCCCAGUUCACAAUCAAAAGCUUUUACCAUCCCUACAGCUCCCUGUCUAUAGGCAACAAGCAUAGACUCCAUUCUUUUUGGCAUCUUAACCACAUGUCUGUGGAUUGCGUAUGAACACAUCUUUUGGCUGUCUCUGAGUCCUUGGAUGAUGGCAUGGCUCUUCAAUCUGUAUGGGCCACUUGCACCCAGUGCUGAGCAAAAGGGACAUGAAGAUGUUUAUCCUCUGUUUUAAUUCUUCCUUUGUUUUGUUUGCGAUAGUAAUAGGUAGAACACCCCAGGCUGGCUGAAGAUAUGGGGACAGGUGUCAGAAUGGCAAUUGCAACUGUGGCCUGGGUCUUACAUUUUCAACACAGUCCAGACCUUGGAGGGGAGCUGUGUAUGUAUUCAUUAUUCUAUUGCAGGUACAUAUAAUGGCAUUGCAGGUCUCAGCCUAAGUGAACAAACCUAAAUGGAGAUGAGUAACCUUUGUUUUCUCCCUCCCAACCCCACUUCAUGUAGUGACUAUUUUGUCUCAGUACUGUACUGUUCAAUGGACUCUUAGCCAUGUAAGCAAUAAAUUGCCUGGUAUUUUU